GAAGGGCAACACAGUCCGAAUCAUCCUCUUCUUUAUCUCUCCGCACACACUUAUUUCGUAUCUGUUCUUCCCUUCUCAUUUUAUCAAUUCUUUGCAUCAUCUCCUUCUCCUCACAUUUUCUACACAAAAGGGAAAUAUAUCUCUGCAAUUUGAAAUUAGGGUUAGGGUUUUCGCCCAAAAAAGGAAGGGGGAAGAAGGAAGCUGGACAAGAACAACCGUUCCUUUAUGAUACAAAAGGUUUCUCAGAUCGUCUUCUUCAUCAUCGCGUUAUUAAUUUUGGUGGCGCAAUCCUCUGCGGCGUUCCACGGUAGCAAAAACAGCAUCAUGAAGGUUCAUCCUGUUCCGCGAAAACGCAACAUCUCAAUCCAGUUCGGCGUAGACGGAGGGAACCCCAUGUCCGAGGCGCAGGCGCUGUUGGGGAUCGCCGGCAAGAAGCUCCGGAGACUCCCGCACGUGUUCAGCUGCGUCCUGGAGCUCCCGUUCCGCUCCGACGCCGACGUGGUGGUGGAGGAGGACCCUGACUGCUUCCGCUUCGUGGCGGAGACCGACGGUAUCGUCGACGUGAGGGCGCACACGGUGGAAAUCCACCCUGGCGUGACGAAGAUCGUGGUGAGGGACGGAGGCUCGGUGGAGCUCUCGCUCGACCAGCUCGAACUCGAUAUGUGGAGGUUCCGGUUACCGGAAUCGACGCGGCCGGAGCUUGCGAGCGCUGUCUUCGUCGACGGAGAGCUCAUCGUGACGGUGCCGAAGGGGCACGGAGAGGAAGAUGGGGAUGGUGAUAGAGGUAUGGGUCGUGGUAGACUUGUGCUUGUACAGUAAUGGAUGAGUGAGUGAGUGAGGUAAUGAAUGAUUCUUUUGUUAACUUCUUGUUGCCCUCCAAACAUGGCCAUAUUAGUAUGUUGGUUAGAUUUCAGGUUGUUGUUGGACCUAGUUUCUCUGUGAAUUUUAUUGUUGCUGUUGUUGAAUCAGGAACAAAAAUGUUCUAUCUGGAGAAUGGUUUAUUCAUGGCAAUGACAAUUUUCGUAAAUAGGUG